AUUGUUGAUUAAACUUGAGAUUAGAAGUUUCAAGUUGGGAAAAAAAAAAAAAACACAAACGUAGCCAGGUUCUAUUGUUCUUUGAUGAUCAUUUAAAUCAUUAAAAUUCUAUGCUUGAGUACAUGCAUACUGUGAUUAUUAGAGCCUCAGGUUUCUUUGACUGCGUUGCAACUCCAAGAUUAACACUUCGAGGUCAAGUUCUUAACUUUCAUUUUCCCAUUUCUGUUGUGGAGUUCUGAAAGUAAGUGGCAGCCAUGGAAAUAUUGAGAACUUCCUCUAUCCCAUCACCACAAGUUCCAGCCAAAAUAUUUGACAAAACCCAAUCCAAAAAACUCACUUUCUUGGGGUUUAAGCAAGUACCCGCUCCAUCGCUCUCAUUAGUUCAAAGACACAGACCCACAUUUAAGACAUUCACCAACAUAUCAUCUUCUAAUAUUACAACUGAGACUGAAAACCCAUCUGCAGCACAAGUUGAAAAUCAGACCCCAGAUGAUAAAUUUGACUGGUAUGCCCACUGGUACCCAUUGAUGCCAGUUUGUGACCUUGACAAAAGGGUACCACAUGCAAAGAAAGUUAUGGGUAUUGAUGUGGUGGUGUGGUGGGAUAGAAAUGAGAGUGCAUGGAAGGUGUUUGAUGAUGCAUGUCCUCACAGAUUGGCUCCAUUAUCUGAAGGGAGGAUUGAUCGGUGGGGAAGGUUGCAGUGUGUUUAUCAUGGCUGGUGUUUUAAUGGCUCCGGUGACUGCAAGUUCAUCCCUCAGGCACCUACCGAUGGCCCUCCGAUUCACACAUCCAAGAAAGCAUGUGUAGCUCCUUAUCCAAGUACUGUGCAGAAUGGAAUAGUGUGGUUCUGGCCAAGUUCCGAUCCUGAAUACAAAGAUAUUCUUACAGAGAAAACACCUCCCUACAUACCGGAACUGGAUGAUCCCUCGUAUACUUGCUUGAUGGGAAAUAGAGAGAUCCCUUACGGGUAUGAGGUCUUGAUUGAAAAUCUUAUGGAUCCUGCUCAUCUUCCAUAUGCACAUUAUGGAAUAAUGCAAACUCAACAACCAAAAGAGAAGGCUGAUAGAGAAGGGGGCAGACCAUUAGACAUGUAUGUUCCUAAGUUAGACAUAAAUGGUUUCAUCGCAGAACAGAAUCCGGGUCAGAGUAAAUUUGUGCCACCAUGUGUGUUUUAUGUUUCUCUCUUUGAUCCAAUUGACAAUAGUAAUGGGGCUGCAUCCUCACCUGGAACUGAAAAGGUCUCAUUAGCCCAAAACAGCCAAAAGAGAGCUCUUUUAGUUUUUAUAUGCGUUCCAGUAAGUCCAGGUAAUAGCAGAUUGAUAUCGACCUUCCCAGAAAACUUUGGUGUUUGGAUUAAGAUUCUUCCCCGAUGGAUAUAUCACAUUGGACAAAACCUGGUUGUGGACUCAGAUUUAUAUUUGCUUCAUAUUGAGGAACGUAGGAUAAUGGAUGCUGGUCUUACCCAGUGGCAGAAUGCCUGUUUUGUGCCAACAAAGUCAGAUGCCGUUGUCAUUGGUUUCCGAAAGUGGUUAAACAAGUAUGCAGGGGGUCAAGUAGAUUGGAGAGGCAAGUUCACAGGGGCUCUUCCCCCUACUCCUCCUAAAGAACAGUUGUUGGACAGGUACUGGUCUCAUGUGGUGAACUGCAGCAGUUGCAAUGCUGCCCACAAAGCUCUGUGCAUGCUUGAAGUUGUAUUGCAGGUCGUCUCAUUUUCUUUACUCGGAAUUGUCGCUGCAAUCAAGCAAGGAGUGCUAUCAUCAGUGGUUGCGAGAACUGCGCUAGUUGCAACAGCUCUACUCUGCUUGGCGGCUUCAAAAUGGUUGGCUCAUUUUAUCUACAAAACUUUUCACUUUCACGACUACAACCAUGCCCUUGUGUAAGAUUGACUGUUUAUUAGCAUACGACGUAAUGUAAUUACUGUAUGAUAUACUGAACGCUUGGAACCAAAAAUUGUUAGAAAAUAAGUUUGUGCAACAGUACGCAAGAGAAUUAUUGUGUAAAUGCGGAA